UCCCUCUUCCAGCUCUGAGAAGCUGCGACCUCAAGGGCAUCAAUAUUUCAGGGUAAUGAAGCUGGAAGCUGGCUGUGGGGUAACCACCUCAGAGGUCCCUCAGCCUGAAAAAGAAGCCUAGCCAGAUGUGGAGCCACCCUCAGAGACCCAGCCACAGGAGGCUGGGGCCAAGUCCAGGUCUGGAUCAGGGCCUGAGGCCCAGGCCGAGCCGUUGGACUUCGUGGUUGCCACAGAACAGGAGUUUGAGGAGGUGCUGGCCAUCUCGGGGGACAUCUACGGUGGCCUCAACUACCUUCCUAGCCGCUACCACGGCUGGCUCUGGGAUCCCGACCGCACCGUGGUGCUGACCAAGCAAAACGGAGUGAUCGCGCUGGAGUCGGUGCACGUGAUCGCCGCCAGGAAGUCGGCGCCGGCGGAGGGGCUGCGCGUGGCGCCCUGUGAGCGCGGCAAGGGCGUGGCCGGGCUGCUGCAGCGCUUCUGCUAGCAGUUGGUCAAACGACAGCACCCGGGGGUCAAGGUGGCACGGCUUACCCUGGACGACCAGCUGGGCCCCCGGGAGCUGAAGAAAUACCGGCUAAUCACCAAGCAGGGCACCCUUUUGGUCCGAUUCAACGCUGCGGCGGGGCUGGGCGCGUGGCUGGCGGCGCCGCAGGCCUCCGGCACCUUCCCACCGCUGCCCACUGAGGCCGUGUCGGAGGCAGGCUGCGACGUGGCACGCCUCCUGCUGUCGCUCUCCGUGCAGCGCGACGUGCUUCCGGGCAGGACCAUCAUCCAGGACUGGCAGCCCUACCGGCGGAGCGAGAGCAACCUGCGCCUGCUGGCGGCCAAGGGCCUGGAGUGGUGCGUGGACAGCCGCGCGCGCCCGCUCGUGCUCACGCUGUGCACGCGCCCCUUCCCCAUCCCGCGUGGCAGCGACGGCACGUGGCACCACCUCAACAUCCACGCCUUCGGCAGCGACGGCGCACAGGUUAGAGCCAGCUUGUGUCACCUGCUGCGCCAGGCCCCGCGCCUUGCCGGCUUCAACGUCACGUGCCAGCUCUUCCUGGCACCCCAGUUAUGGUCACAGCUGACUAACUUCUGCCCGGCCAGCUUGGAGCUAGAGCUGGUCAAGGGUUAUACUGAACAGUACCUGCUGGAGGCCGACAUCUGAGGCCUCUGGUCAAAGGGGAGAGAAGCACUUUA